AUGUGUUCAGUGCUCCCUCGUCGGACUCCAGUGGGGGGGAACAGAUUCGUACUCUGUGCGUCUUUCAUAGAAGUCUGUUUCUGCCAAGACGAGACGCAGCCUAUUUAAGACAAUCACAUGAUUUCACUGGGAGUCAAAAUGGUCCGCGGGGGUCACUGGGGAGAGAGAGCGCGGUAGAGUGAGAGAGAUUUUUUUUUUUUUGGUUCUGGUCGGUCUGUCUGAAUGGAAAAGGGGAAAAUGCUGACCGGGAGAGAGAACUGGAGUUCAAGAGAUUUUACGCGUUGGGAUACUGCGCACGGAAAUGAAUGGAAACCAAAGGAAAGAGAGUGAAGAAGAAACCUGCAUCUGAAACUGAUUGAUGCUUCUUUCAGCUGUAGAUCUGCUGCUGCUGGACUGGGGUUUAAAACUAUUUGGACUUUUAGAUUGCAGCUGGGUGAUUGAAGCUUCAGGUCGUGCGUAAAGGUGAUCUACGGAGAUGGCUUUCUUACCGGUUUGUGCAAAGUCGAGACGGUGGACCCUGUUGCUCGUAUUGUAUCUUUUUUGCUUUUUCAAACUGAGCAAAAGCAUACUUUUGAAUAAUGGUGCUGAUAGUGUUGAAUCUCAGCAAGAAGUAUCGGCCCUGCUGCGAUCUCUUAAUUUACCUCAACAUACAGAAUAUGAGAUUGUGUCUCCAUAUGAGGUCAACCACCAAGGUGUUUACAUCUCUCAUGAAGUCGCCCACCACCAGCGCAGGAGGCGACGAAGAUCUCUGAACCCAGACGCAGACUCACCAAACACCGGCAGCAGUAGUGAAACAGUUCACUUCCGGCUGAGUGGUUUGGGGCAGGACUUCCACAUGGAGUUGAAGGAGGCCUCGGAGAGCCUAAUCGCACCUGGCUUCACCAUCCAGGUCCUGGGAAAGAAUGGCACCAAGAGCCUGAGGGCCUACCACAAGGACGACCUGUGCUUUUACCAGGGGUCACUGAGGUCAAGGAUCAACUCCUCCGUGGCACUGUCCACGUGCAUGGGGAUGUCAGGUUUGAUCAGAACACAUGAUGCAGACUACUUCCUGAGACCUGUGCCAAGCAGCCUCGCUCAGACAGAGAACUUUACAGCACCCUCAAGCCACCAGCCGCACAUCCUCUACAAGAGCAAGACAACGGCCCGGGCCGAGCGUAAGGGUCAGGGGCCUCAGGUGCUUCAGGAGUCAUCAACUCUUCACAAAUCACACGAACACUCCGUCUCCAAGAGAUCCACAAACUCAAUGACAGAACCCAUGGACAGCACAGUAAACGGAGAGCAGCAAAAACAGCACCAUGGCAACAACAGAGGCAGCAGACAUGGUGACCAGGUGGAGCAUCAUCAUAGCAGCCAUCACCAUGAAAACUACAGACAUAAUGAGAGGCACAGGCAACACUUCUGCGGGAGAAGGAAGAAAUACAUGCCAAAACCUCCUGAAGAUGAUGUAUUUGUUCUACCCGAUGAGUACAAGUUCAUCCCCAGAAACAAAAGAGCCGUGCUGAUGAAGAAUCAGGUCAGCCAGAGGCUCAACGUGGAAAUGCUAGUGGUCGUGGACAAGAAGAUGAUGGACAACCAUGGCCACGAGAACAUUACCACAUAUGUUCUUACUGUGCUUAAUAUGGUCUCCAGCCUCUUCAAAGACGGUACAAUAGGGGGUAACAUCAACAUCGUGAUAGUGGGCCUCGUGCUUCUGGAUGAAGAGCAGGACGGUUUGGUGAUCAACCACCAUGCAGACCACACACUGAACAGCUUCUGCCACUGGCAGUCAACGCUGGGAGGCAGGGAGGGCCAACACCACGACCACGCCAUCCUCCUCACAGGACUCGACAUCUGCUCGUGGAAGAAUGAACCCUGUGACACACUUGGGUUUGCUCCAAUUAGCGGGAUGUGCAGCAAGUACCGGAGCUGUACCAUUAAUGAGGACACAGGCCUGGGUCUCGCCUUCACCAUCGCCCAUGAAUCUGGACACAAUUUUGGAAUGGUCCAUGAUGGUGAAGGAAACGUCUGUAAGAAGUCAGAGGGCAACAUCAUGUCUCCAACAUUAGCCGGUCACAAUGGCAUCUUCUCCUGGUCCGCCUGUAGCCGCCAAUACCUCAGCCGCUUCCUCAACUCCGCCCAGGCUCUGUGCUUAUCAGAUGAACCCCGAGCAGUAAAGGAGUAUCGGUACCCUGAGAAACUGCCUGGCGAGCUGUACGAUGCAGACACGCAGUGUAAAUGGCAAUUCGGGGAGAAGGCCAAGCUCUGCACCCUCGAUUUUAAGAAGGAUAUCUGUAAGGCUCUGUGGUGCCACCGUGUUGGGAGGAAGUGUGAGACCAAGUUCAUGCCAGCUGCUGAGGGCUCUGCCUGUGGACCUGAUAUGUGGUGUCGUAGGGGCCAGUGUGUGAAACAGGGUGACGAGGGCCCGAGGCCCCAGCAUGGCCACUGGUCAGAUUGGUCUUCUUGGUCUGCCUGCUCAAGAAGUUGUGAGAGCGGAGUCACCUAUCGGGAGAGGCAGUGCAACAACCCCAGGCCUGUGUUUGGAGGGAAGUUCUGUGAGGGUUCCUCAAGGUCCUACAAACUUUGUAACACUCAGGAUUGUCCUGCCAACACCACUGACUAUAGAGCGCAGCAGUGUGCAGAAUAUAAUAGCAAACAGUUCAGAGGAUGGUUCUACACCUGGAGGCCAUACACCAGAGUGGAUGACCAGGAUGUGUGUAAGCUGUACUGCUUUGCUGAAGGCUACGAUUUCUUCUUUGCACUGGCCAGCAAAGUUAAGGACGGGACACUGUGCUCACAGGACAGCUCUAACGUCUGCAUCGACGGACUGUGUGAGAGAGUGGGCUGUGACCGAGUGUUGGGCUCCACAGCUGUGCCUGAUGCUUGUGGUGUGUGCAAAGGAGACAACUCCACCUGCAAGAUCUACAAAGGACAGUACACUAAGCAGCAUUACACUAACCAGUACUAUGGGGUGGUGACCGUCCCUGCGGGUGCCCGGAGUAUCCGUGUGAUAGAACUAAAUACGUCCAGCUCCUACCUGGCAGUCAGGGACACACAGAGACGCUACCACCUUAACGGACAAUGGACGGUGGACUGGCCGGGAAGACACCCCAUCGCUGGAGCUAUUUUCGAAUACAAGAGACCCUAUAACCGACCAGAGAGUCUCAUAUCAACCGGCCCCACCAAUGAGACACUAGUCAUAGAGAUCUUGUUGCAGGGCUGGAACCCAGGUGUACGUUGGGAAUACACUCUGAAGAAAGCAGAUGAGAGAAGAAAUCACAUAAAACACAACUACACAUGGGCCAUCAUACGCUCCCAAUGUUCAUUAACCUGUGCGGGAGGUCAGAUGAGUACCAAGCCAGCAUGCUACAAAGACUUGAGAGUGCAAGUAAAUACAUCCUUCUGCAAUCCCCGGUCAAGACCAACCACUGGACUGAUGCCAUGCAACACCAAACCAUGCCCUUCCAGCUGGUCUGUAGGAGAGUGGGGGGUGUGCAGCCGGAGCUGUGGAGGAGGGGAGCAGACGCGGCAGGUCCAGUGUGACCAGAGAACCAGCCAAACCAACGUAGACGCCCUGGCUGACUCUCACUGCGCUCAGCCCGUUCCUGCCAGGAGGCAAGCCUGCAACACUCACAGCUGUCCCCCAGUUUGGACCAGUGGGCCGUGGUCACAGUGUUCUCGUAAGUGUGGCAACGGCCUGAAGAAGAGGACAGUGUUGUGUACAAGCACCAACCCAGGUGCCCAGAAACAAACAAUGCCAGACAGCGUGUGUGCAGGCCUGCAGAAACCUGCAAGUCAAGAAUCCUGUUUCAUCAAACGCUGCCAGAAACAACGCAAAGUCCAGUGGUUUGUCUCCACAUGGCAAGAGUGCUCAGUUACAUGUGGUCGUGGUUAUCAGACACGCUUCAUCAAGUGUGCAGAAAAGGACACUGCGGGAAAAUACAGAGAGCUUGCUGCCAAGAAGUGCCACCAUGUCCCCAAACCCACAGUGGAGCUCCAGCGGUCCUGCUUUCUGCCUGAGUGCCCCGUCCGCACGACUCCACCAAUCCACCGAUGGAGCACACAUCAUCGCACCUAUCCACCUCAACCCCUCCCUCAACCUCCAUCUCAGCCAGAUUGGCACUCAUCCCCUUGGUCUCAGUGCACAGUGACAUGUGGAGGAGGAGUGCAGGCCAGGACUGUCCAAUGUCUGGUCCAAGGGAAGCCCUCUCCAGGCUGUGCUCUCCACCUUAAACCCUCCAUGUCCCAGGCCUGCAACACCAACUUCUGCCCACAGCCUGAGAAGAAAGAUGUUGCCUGUAGGGAUUACUUUAACUGGUGUUACCUGGUGCCCCAGCACGGAGUCUGCAAUCACAAGUUCUACGGCAAGCAGUGCUGCCAAUCCUGCUCAAAUUCAAACCUGUAAGCACACAGGGUGAGUCUGUCUGUGGCACAGACAGAGAGGCAGUUAGAUAGACAUAAGACAUUGUUUGAAGCCCGGGCUUGAAAAGACAGCGUUUCUGCUUUAAGCGUGUGGCGAGCACUGAAGAACAAAUGACAUUUCUAUGGAAGUGCAAAAAAAAAAAGAAAAGAAAGUUGCAGUACCCUUUCUUCUCCAUGUGAUGCCGGACAUCUGGAUACAAGAACAUGAUGCUGACAGCACUACAAAAGAAUGUGAUCAGGACAGUACAAUUACAGGAGAGACAUAUGAGGAAGAACGGGUGUAAUGGGGAUCUUGAUUAAAGCGAAGAGGUCUGACAUUUCCAAGAGAAAUGGAAAACCUGAAAAAGCCCAGUUUUGUUUCUAUACUGUUUGUAAUGAAACAUAUCUGUGCCCAUGACACUAAACUUCUUCCAUUCAACCAAAGGCUAAAGAUGGCAGGCCAAGAGAAAAAACAAAAUGCUUAACGAUGUUUCAGGCAUUGGCAAGCUACAACACAUAAUACGCCAUGUUCUGCACUGCAAAUUCUAAUCAAUUAGAAAUCCGAAGUUUGGUAAUUAAAAUGGAUUUCAAAGAAGUGAAUAAGGCAAUAUAAGUUUUAAUGGACGUCUUGAUGAAAAACAGACCUGGAAUAAUCAAAGUGGGAUUCUUUGAUAGCGGGACAAUAACAGGAAGCUUGGCUUUGUUUUGUAAAAGAGAAGAAAAAAAAAACGAAAGAAAAUAAAAUGCGUCGAACGAGAGAACGGGUCAUGGCGGUGUGAACUGACUUUCAUACUCAGUGGUGCUACGUCGUCUUGUGUCACAUCAACAAUGUGAAAUCACAAGUUUCAGGAAAGAACAAAUGCAUUGUGUGACCAGUGUACAGUAUUGUUUGUUUUUAUUUAUUGGCUUUACAAUACAGCUUUGCUGAAAGACUGUAUUAAUAAGCAGUAUAAUUGUGUCCUUUUAAUAUGCUACCCUAAGCUCAUUACCUUUAUAUUUUGUACUUUUUUCAUAGGAUUUCAUGCUGACGAAACACACCCUUUUUCAUUUAAAACAUUUGUUUUAUUUCUAAAUACGAAAAUCAUGUGAUGUCAAAAGUACAAUUUAGCAAUAUUAACAAUGACUGAAGUUUUAUUUACAUCUUCACCGAUGACUAAAGUAUGAGCAUGAUGGUUGAAGAGUCACCGCUCCACUGUCAGGUUUCAUGGUCCUACAUUAUCACACUAGUCAUGUUGAAGCAUUGAGAUGGCACAAAAAUAAUGCAGUAUUUAUUGGUUAAGGAUUCAAAGCGAUGAAAGAUGACGGCUAAUGCUACUCCAAUGUGAUUUGUACUGUGUAAGUGAAAAACAAUAAACAACUGUGUGUCAUGUCAGCAUCUCA